AUGUCGAACUCUAUUAAGGUUGUCUGUCGGUUUAGGCCGCAGAAUCGCAUUGAAAAUGAACAAGGUGCUCAACCGGUUGUGAAAUUCGAGGCUGAUGACACUUGCGCCCUUGAUUCAAAUGGAGCGGCUGGAUCCUUCACAUUCGACCGUGUUUUUGGCAUGAGCUCACGGCAAAAAGAUAUUUUCGACUUCUCUAUUAAACCUACAGUAGACGAUAUCCUUAACGGUUAUAAUGGAACGGUCUUUGCAUAUGGUCAGACAGGAGCGGGAAAGUCUUAUACGAUGAUGGGAACAAACCUCGACAACGACGAUGGUAGAGGUGUUAUUCCGAGAAUUGUGGAGCAAAUAUUCGCCAGCAUUUUGUCCAGUCCGGGUACGAUCGAGUAUACAGUAAGGGUCAGCUAUAUGGAAAUUUAUAUGGAACGUAUUAGAGAUCUGCUACAGCCGCAAAAUGACAAUCUUCCUAUCCACGAAGAGAAGAAUAGAGGUGUUUACGUUAAGGGGUUAUUAGAGGUCUAUGUUUCAAGCGUCCAAGAAGUCUAUGAGGUUUUAAAAAGAGGAGGGGAUGCAAGAGUUGUAGCCUCGACCAACAUGAAUGCAGAAUCCUCUCGAUCGCAUUCUAUAUUUGUUAUCACGAUUACACAAAAGAACGUUGAAACCGGAUCGGCAAAGAGCGGUCAACUUUUCUUGGUCGAUUUGGCUGGUAGUGAAAAGGUCGGGAAGACUGGUGCUAGUGGACAGACUCUGGAGGAGGCAAAGAAGAUCAACAAGAGUUUGAGUGCUCUUGGAAUGGUUAUCAACAACCUGACGGACGGCAAAUCAUCGCAUAUUCCUUAUCGAGACUCGAAACUUACUAGAAUUUUACAAGAGAGUUUGGGAGGAAAUAGUAGAACGACACUCAUCAUCAACUGCUCGCCUAGUAGUUACAAUGCCGAAGAAACUCUGAGUACUUUGAGAUUUGGUAUGCGAGCAAAGGCAAUCAAGAAUAAAGCCAAGGUCAACGCGGAGCUCAGUCCAGCAGAACUUAAAGCCUUACUUAGGAAAGCCCAGUCACAAGUCACUACCUUUGAAACCUAUGUUUCUACCCUCGAGGGAGAAGUUCAGUUGUGGCGUAAGGGAGAAUCUGUACCAAAGGAGCAAUGGGCACCCCCACUCGCAGGCGUUAGUGGGGCAAAGGCUGAGGCUGCUCGAGCACCUCGGCCUUCUACACCUUCUCGUUUGGCAAUGGAAAGCCGAGCAGAGACACCGCUGACAGAAAGGUCGGCUACUCCAGGUAUACCGAUAGACAAAGACGAGAGAGAAGAGUUCCUGAGACGCGAAAAUGAACUUCAAGAUCAGAUCACCGAGAAGGAAACCCAAAUUGCCGCUGCAGAGAAGACCUUGCGAGAUACCAAGGAGGAACUCACUUACCUAAAAGAACGAGAUGCCAAGGUCAACAAGGAUAACGAAAAGCUUACUAGUGAAGCAAACGAGUUUAAAAUGCAACUUGAGCGAUUGGCAUUCGAGAGUAAAGAGGCACAGAUUACCAUGGACAGUCUGAAAGAAGCCAAUGCCGAGCUGACCGCGGAGCUCGAUGAACUCAAGCAGCAAUUACUUAAUGUCAAAAUGAGUGCCAAAGAAUCAAGUGCCGCCUUGGAUGAAAAGGAGAAGAGAAAGGCCGAGAAAAUGGCCCAGAUGAUGGCUGGAUUUGAUCUCGGUGGGGAUGUCUUCAGCGAGAAUGAAGCAACCAUCAAAAAAGUCAUUGAUCACAUUGACUCUCUUCAUGAGCAAAGUUCUGCAGGGGAAGCCAUUCCUCCUGAUGAAUUUGAAGAAUUGAGGGUAAAAUUGGUCGAAACACAGGGCAUUGUCCGACAAGCAGAACUCUCCAUGUUUGGAUCAUCAUCGAAUGAUGCCAAUGUUAAGCGCAGGGAGGAGUUAGAACAACGACUUCAGGUCCUCGAGCAAGAAUAUGAAGACCUCCUCGAGCGUAACUUGAGUGAAGGGGAUGUUGCUGAGAUCAAGGAACGUCUUGAAAAGGCAUAUGCCAACAAUCAAGACAUCAAAGUUGAAUUGGUGGAAGAUCUUAAAAAGGAAGUCGCCCAAAAGUCAGCUGAGAUUGAAAAAUUCAAGGCUGUAAAUGAAGACCUUCAACAAAGAGUCAAGUCAGGCGGUGCAACCAACGGCACAGCACCUAGCUCGGCGAGUGGCAAGACUGUUCAACAGCAGAUCGCCGAAUUCGAUGUGAUGAAGAAGAGCUUGAUGCGCGACUUGCAAAAUCGCUGUGAACGUGUUGUUGAAUUAGAAAUCUCUCUCGAUGAGACCCGCGAACAAUACAACAAUGUUCUCCGUUCAUCUAACAACAAAGCCCAACAAAAGAAAAUGGCUUUCCUAGAGAGAAAUCUAGAACAAUUAACUCAUGUUCAAAGACAAUUGGUUGAACAGAACGGGAGCUUGAAGAAGGAAGUUGCUAUUGCUGAGAGGAAGUUGAUUGCAAGAAAUGAACGGAUUCAGAGUUUGGAGAGUCUGCUGCAGGAUUCUCAGGAGAAGUUGACGACUGCUAGUCACAGAUUCGAGGCACAACUCUCAGCCGUAAAAGAACGACUCGAAGCCGCCAAGGCAGGUAGUACCCGUGGACUAGGCUCACCCACUGGAGGAUUUAGCUUUGGUGGUGCGGGCAGCAGGAUUGCCAAACCACUAAGAGGAGGUGGUGGUGAUGGGCAGAUUCCGACCAUCGGCAACCUGCAAAACUCCGAGACUGGAAGCACAGGGAGCACGAAGAGAAGUUCAUGGUUUUUCUCGGGGCAGAAAUAG